AUUAUCUUUGAUAAAGAUAGACAACUAAACUACAAUUAAGACCUAAUCACAGUUUACUUUUACGCAUGCAGUUUUGUUAAGAUGUAAAGGCAAGUUAUCGACAUGACUGGAAAGCGUUCAACGUUUUAUUGUUUGGUAUUCGCAGUUUUGCACUACAUAUGUUGCGACGUUCCUAUCACUGAUAUUUUUCGAUGUGAUUUCGAAGAUGAUGUUUGUGGUUUUACCUCUUCACCACCAAAUUUAUUUCAACGCAACAGAGGUGGGACACCUUCAAAUUUGACAGGACCCACAGCUGCACCAGAGGGUGAUUAUUACGUUUUUUACGAAGCUUCUGAGUCAGAAAAUACAGCCAUAUUUGAAAGCAAAAUUAUUGAUGCCAGAAAUGGGUGGCGAAAUUUUAGCAUUUCUUUCUGGCUGCAUGCGUAUGGAAUACACCUUGGCGGCUUAGAUUUACUAAUCGUGUCUGCAACACAGGAAGUGUUGGAAACGUUUAACAUCACUGCACCAUCAUCUGAAAAGUGGAAAACUGUGACAAAGUUUUUUAACCCAACGAAGGGUAAUGGAAACGGCUUGUUUAAGGUCCGCUUUAUGGUAACAAGAAAAGGUUACAGUGCUGAUUUUGCGUUGGAUUCUUUAUGGAUUGGAGCUUACAUGGACUACUAUCCAGUUACUUGUACUGCAACUAAAUGCGCACCGAAUUCUGUAUGUCAGCAAAGUUUUGAUUUUGUUGGUUGCACAUGCAACGCUGGAUUUGUUGGCAACGGAUUUGAAUCAUUUAACGUGGCUACUGGCUGCAAUGCACAUGGAAACUGUUCAACAAAUCCUUGUGACGUAAAUGCCAUCUGUUCAUUAGCAAUCUGUUCAUGCAAGCCAGGUUUUGUUGGUAAUGGAGUAAAAAGAUCAAUAAAGGGAGGAACCCGUUGUUUGGAUCUGAACGAAUGCGUCACUUUAGAUGUUUGUGGAACAAACGAAAUAUGUAUCAAUACUCCAGGUGGAUAUAAAUGUGUAUGCAAGCCUUAUUUCCACAAACCAGUUGCAGAAGGUGCCACCUGUAUAGAGAAUACCUUCACAGACGCUCUAAACACAAAUCUAAACACAAACAAACCAUCAAAAGAAAUUUCAUCAUCUGUGACCACCAAAAAAUCCACACAGACAAAGAAAAAAAUGACAGCUCCAUUAUAUAAACCUAGCGAUACUGAAAAGAGUUCAAAAACCGAUUUGACGAUAAUGUAUAUCAUAGUUGCAUCUAUUGGAGGAAUAUUGAUUGUGAUUGCUUUAGUGGCUGUGUGUAUAUACCGGGAAAAGUCAGGUUUUAGGGAGAAAAACAAACAUAUAUCCAAAGAAGAAUCUAAUAUUUACACUUCAGGAAACGAAAAUACCUCUCUAUCAAAAUCUCCUCCUAGUAUACCAGUAAAACAAGAACCAAAUGUGAUUAUCCCGCUCGAAAGUCCAGUUCACAGCAACGGCUGCAAUUAUGAGUCCGAAGGAUAUUACACAGAAAUGAUCGAUGGCACGGACUUCCCAAAUUAUACGCAACCAAAUGUAACAGAGAGUUACGAAGUCAAUAAUAUUGAUCUGAAGCUAUAGCAAUUCAAAUUUCGAAUCGGCAAUGAAACAAACUGGCAAAUUAACAAAUGUCGAAAUUGCUUAGAACAGUAAAGACAUGCACAUGCGUUUUUGUUAUCAUGGACAUUACAAUAGACUCUAUAACUCGAACACACACAAGGGAUCACACAACCUCGAUCCCGUCGAUGAAGUUGACUCCGUAGUAACGGUUUUGGGGACUAAAAGACCCUUGGGAUGAGAUUGGGAUUAAGAAUCAUUCGAGCUAUAGAGCGUAUAAAUAAUAGAAAAUUACUCAAUUUUUUUGUAAAUUUUAUAGCCAAUCUAGCAUGGUACUAAGUUGUUAUAUUCUUUGCCUUGUAUAAUUUGUUCUCCACAGCACAGAGUUUAAAAAACGUAUAUCGAAAAUGUAUAUUUGAUAAAUACAGUGCACCGCAAUGGAGUCGUUCGACUGCAUUU